CACCAUCUAACGACAGUUAGCGACGGUUGACGGCAGCUAGCAGCACCAUCUAACGACAGUUAGCGACGGUUGACGGCAGCUAGCAGCACCAUCUUAGAGCAGAGCCGUCGUUAAACUCUGAUCUUUAAACAUCUAAAACUCUCCGGUUCAUCUGACAAACACCAGAAUACUACCUAGAGUCUGCUUAAGAAAGUAUCAUAUUAUAGGUUAUAUUAUUACAACAGAAGAAGAUAAAGACACCAGCUAACAGUUAGCCACGUUAGCUGCUAAAGCUAAGCUAAGCUAAAGGCUCUUCUCUCCGGACGACUCAUCCACUGAGCCUGCAAGCCGAAGUCUGCCAAAAUGAGCGCACCCUCCUCCCAAAAAGUUGUGCUGAAAAGUACCACCAAAGUGUCCCUAAACGAGCGCUUCACUAACAUGCUGAAGAACAAGCAGCCCACUGCGGUAAGCAUUCGAGCCACCAUGCAACAGCAGCAUUUGGCCAGUGCCCGCAAUCGCCGGCUGGCCCAGCAGAUGGAGAACCGGCCCUCGGUGCAAGCUGCUCUGAAUCACAAGCAGAGCCUGAAGCAGCGCCUGGGGAAGAGCAACAUCCAGGCCAGGCUGGGCCGGCCCGUCGGGGCUCUGAUGCGUGGAGGAGUUCCCGGAGGCAGAGGAGGGAUGCGAGGGAUGAACAGGGGUGGUCUCCGAGGACGAGCCAGAGGAGGAGUAAUGAGGGGAGCUCUGUCCCUGAGAGGGAAGCGAGUGUCUUCUACAGGCGGCCCCAUGCGAGGUCGCGGCUCUGCCGGCCGUCUGGCCAUGCGUAGAGGAGGCCGUCAGCGUGGAGGACCUCCUGGCAGAGGAGGAGCUCUGUCCAGAGGAGGAGCAAGAGGAGGAGCAAGAGGAGGAGUAGCCAGAGGCCGCGGCGGACUGCGUGGUCGCGGUGGUUUCGCCGGUCGAGGUGGCCGCGGUCGGGGUCGAGGUGUGGGCCGACAGAAUGUGACCCGCGAACAACUGGACAACCAGCUGGACGCCUACAUGUCCAAGACCAAAGGUCACCUGGAUGCGGAGCUGGACGCCUACAUGGCCCAGGCCGACCCGGACAGCAUGGAGUGAGACGCUGACGGACUCUGACGCUGAACUGUACAGCUGAACUCACACAUCCAGUGUAGUUUUCCACCAGACUGACGGGCUGAGAGAUGAUUGUUUGUAAUCUAGACGAGAGUGGUGACGGUCCGGGACUCUCAGCUUUGGAACAGCGAGACAUGGAGGUUUCCUCUUGAACGUGCUUCGACCACUACUCUAUUCUGCAUCAACCUGCUCCUGCAAACCCUUUUAAAUCUGGAAGAACUGUGUGAAGGGACCUUUUUAAACAGUAACAACCCCUGCUGUCUAUAGACGUCUGUUUUUUUUAUUAUUAUUAUUACUUUUUUUAAAUAUAUGACCUGAAAAAAGAAUUGGGACAGAUCUGUGUAACGGUCGAUGAUCCAGGUGACGUUGUGUUUAACCACCUGUUUGUUUUUACUUCUAUUUUAAAUGUGAUUUUUAGCGUUAGCGUGCUCAGACCUUUUGGGGAUUCAUUCAUUGGCUUAUCUCGGAAACAUUUGCAAUGCAAACCUUUUCUAAAUAAUUUGUUAAAAGAAUGUAAGCAGAAGGUUUUAAAGCCAAGUAUCCAUUCGUCAUGUUUUGUAUUUAAAAGAUGUAGUACUUUCUGUUCCUCUAUCUUCCACCUGUCGGCGUUGAGUUCAGUGGACGGCUGACGUCCUGAAACUUGUACUUGAGAGCGUUUGUACGACCUUAUCCAAAGCAAGGAAACUAGGUUUUAAUUAAAAUGGAAAUGAUUUCCCUAAU